AUGGCAGCAGGAAAUCUCUCCGUCGUCGCAGGCCGGAUCCUCGAAUUGCUGAAUUCGGAAGAGAAAGUAAAAGCCAUGGAAUCUCUCUCGGGCGCACACAAGGAGUUCAUGCAGAGACUGAAGGAUUCCAUUUCAGAAAUCGAGCCCGUUCUUCUUGAUGCGGAAAAGAAGAGUCAACGCGAUAACAACAUCAAAGAUUGGCUGAUGGAGCUCGAACACGUCCUCUACAAUGCCGAGAACUUGCUGUGCUUCUACACCCAGCAAUUUGCCAAACAGGUACGCAGUGAUUUCUUCGCGUCAUCUAAGCGCAAGAACAUGCUUCAGGAAAUAAAUGAAGUUAGGGAGGAACUAGGUAGAAUUGUAGAUCAGAGAAAACUUUUCGAUUUGGAAGUGGUGUGCGGUGAAGAAGUAGUCAUCGGAAAAGAUCAUAGGUCAGAGAACCAGUCAGACCAACCCAUAGAAGAUACUCUUAGGAACGAAGAUAUAACAAAAAUCAUUAGAAUUUUGUUAGGUGCGGAAGAUAAGGAGAAAAUUGGGGUUCUUCCCGUAGUUGGUAGGGCAGGAACGGGGAAAACCAGGGUUGCAAAACUUGUGUACGAGGAUGAGGCCGUGAAAACUAAUUUUGAACCUCGAAUUUGGGUAUUCGUUUCUGAAAUCUUUGAUGUUGAACUAAUUCUGAGAAAAAUACUUGCAAAAUUAACUGGUAAAAACAGAGAGGAUCUUCCGAGUAACCAAAAGUCGCAAGACUUAAUGCUUGCACGGUUAUUAUCUGGAAAGAAGUACUUUAUGGUAUUAGAUGACGUGCAUGAGACAGAGUCUAGACAAUGGAGUUCUCUAAUGGAGUCUUUAGAAGUUGGUGCAUUAGGGAGUAAAAUACUUGUGACUACUCCAUCUAACAGGGUCGCAGACUUGGUUAAAGGCAGCCUCCAACCUUAUCUGUUAGAAGAUCUAAGCUUAGACAACUACUUGUUUUUAUUUGGAAAAUUCGCAUUUGGAGAUUGUAAGAAGAAGAUUGAAGAUCGGUCUCACCAGAUACGCCUUGGGAUGGAGAUUGUAAGGAGGUGUGCCGGUCGUACUCUUGUCAUUACGGCAAUGGCAGCCAUGUUACAUUCAAGAAGUGUAGAGCAGUGGCGGCUCUUUUACAAGAAUGAAUUUUCCAAAAUAGGGGAAUAUACAAAUGAUCAUAAUGAGAUGCUGAGUUUACUGAAGCUGUGUUACGAUCAUCUCCCUUCACCUCUCAAACAUUGUUUUGCUUUUUGUAGCUUGUUUCCAAAAGGUCAAGUGAUGGUUGUCCAGACGCUGAUAAAGUUGUGGAUGGCUCAAGGUUUCAUCAUUGAAAAAUCUGAUAAAUCUGCUGAGGAUGUUGGUUAUGAGUAUGUUCAGAUUUUAGUCGGGGGAUACUUCUUUGAAGUAGUUGAAAGGGACGCUGCACAGCAAGUGACAAAAUGCAAAUUGCAUAGAUUCAUGUAUGAUCUCGCAGUGUUGGUAACGGGGGGCCAAUGCUUGUUAUUAUCAUCAGCAGAUAGUUAUGAUACCAGUAGAAGAACUUUGCAUGUGUGCUUUGAUUUUGACUUAUCUUCUACUGAAUUCAUUGCAGCUCUUGAUGUAAAAAAGACAAGAACGAUUGUUUUGUCAGGUCAAUCAAGACGGAGACAUGGAGGGAGAUAUGGAGGGAUUCACGUUAACAUAAUUUUUGAUAAAAUAUGUUCCAAAUUCAAAUUUUUACUAGCACUGGACAUGCAUGAUUCAGGGAUUGAGAUCGUGCCAGAUUCUAUUAGCAAGUUGAAGCUUUUGAAAUAUCUUGAUCUUUCUGAAAAUGAGGGCAUCACAGAGCUUCCUAAUUCUAUCACUCGACUUUUGAAUUUGCAAACAUUGAGACUCUCUUCUUGUUUCAAGCUUAAGAAGUUGCCUGAAGAUUUUAGUAAUCUGACUAAUUUAAGACAUCUUGAGAUUGAUGGUUGUAAUAAUUUGACUAAUCUUCCGAGAGGAAUCGAUCAAGUACAUGAUCUCGAGGCUUUAUCACAACUUGUAGUAAGGGAAGACUCCUCCAAGUCCGAUGGUGUGUUGAAAAAAUUGCGAGAACUGAGCAAGCUGCCGAUCAGAAAUUUGAGACUUGUUUUAAGACAUGAAAUAUAUGUCACUGAUUAUUUGAAGGAAGUAUCAAGAGGAAUUCGAUCCUUGUCAUUAGAAACUGAAGGUUAUAAUUUGGAAUCUGAAUUCAAACAAACAUGUCUAAACAGAUACCUCAGUUCCGAUCUUGAAGAAUUGUCUAUAAAUGGAUUCAGGGCUGUCUCACUAUUUUGUCGUGACUCGUAUUUUCCUGGUAAGCUGGUGAAACUUUCAUUGAGAAGAUGUGCAAAUUGCAAAAAUUUACCAGCAGUUCAGUUAUCUAGUCUCAAGGUAUUGGUGCUAGAUGAUAUUCCCAAUCUAGAAUACAUUGCAGAUUCUUAUUCAUCUUCUUCAACAACAUGCUUUUCAACCCUGGAAGAACUCUGGCUCACGGAACUACCAAAGUUUAAGGGAUGGUCGAACAAUGAAAUCAAUGAGUUGCCUUCAUUCUGUGGUCUCUCUAAACUAGUUAUUGAGGAUUGCCCCAACUUGGCCUUCAUGCCGCGAUUCCCAAAUCUGGAGAAAGGUCUAGUUGUGGAUAGAAUUAGCUGGACGCUGUUUGAGCAGACCAUGAACCAGAAUGUAGCACCAUCAUCAUCAACUUCCCUGCCUCCUCUCUCCAAUUUGAAGAUUCUGUGUAUUGUAGGCAUUAAAGACUGCAUAGCUGAUCAAAUUAGGUGGAAAACUCUGAAAAAACUACAAUUCUUGAAAUUCGAUUGUCUUCCAACACUGAAGAUUCUUCCAGAUGAUCUUAGAGAACUGACCGGCUUGCAAGAACUCCAUAUUUGGCGCUGUGUUAUCAAGAAACUACCAGACUGGAUCAAUAAACUCCAAAGUCUUGAGAAACUUGUGAUUCACGUGUGUCCCUUUUUGGAAGAAUUACCUGAAGAAAUCAGUAGCCUUCCUAACUUGAAGACACUGGAGAUUGAGGAAUGUAACACACUAUUGAGAAGAUGCGAAGAGAAAAUAGGUGCAGAUUGGUCCAAGAUUGCUAAAAUUCCCGAAAGGAAAUUGGGUCUGAUUUCCGGGAGAUGA